UGUAUCUGCUAUUGUCUAACAAGUCAUUUGCCAUAUACUAACAUGAAUCUCAAGUAUCAGUCCCAGAUAUCUUACCCAGACUCUUUUGGACCCCAUGUCUGCAGUUUCAAUUAGUAAGCGCAGAUGGUGUAGUUGAGAUUCAUUAAUGGCAUAACCCUGGUGAUGUAGGGCCUGAGCAGCCCCUUUCUGGAAUCUUGAAUGAGACCUUGUGCUUGUUAACAGUUAACCUAAAUUGGAUACUGCAAAUGAUACCAUAAAGAUAGAGAAAUAAAUUAAUUCCUCUGCUUAUAAUUAUACAUUAUAAGACCCAAAUCCCACAACAGAAACAGAAGCUAGUGGUUGUCAGCUGUGUGGCACGUGGAAUAAUUGAUCCUUGAAGUAAAACCUACAUUUCCCCCUUGCUUUUAGAUGCAUGCGAGAACUAAUUUUGCUGUUGAAUUUUUUUUCUUUCAAGAAAUUGUAUUUUGUAGUGUUCUGUGCACUUUGCCACCAGGUGGUAAAGAAGGAGAAAGUGGGAUCCUGAGGGUCGCAUGGAGUUAUUUCUUGCAUCUUACAAGUUCUGAAUGUUGUAGAUUAAAAUGAUAAUUUACUGAUGUCAUUCAUCUGUCAUGGCCUUAUUGCUCAGAACUUGCUUGGAGGGUCUAAAACUAAGCAGAAUUUCAUUUUUGGGAUAAAAUAAACAUAAUAUUGUAUUUAUCCAUGUCAGAAAUGACGUUGCUGCCCACAAAAAUGAUAGAACUUGGAGCAUGGAUUCUUCUUCAGUUUUGAGAGUUAAAUCAAUACACAUUAGUUCUCCAAUUUUAGCUGCAAAAAGCCCGUUCUUCUAUAAGCUUUUCUCAAAUGGCAUGCGGGAAUCAGAGCAACGAUUUGUAACUCUACGAGUCAGUGCCUCAGAGGAAGUUGCCGUCAUAGAGCUUCUUAAUUUUAUGUACAGUGAGACAUUAUCAACGAAUACAGCUCCUGCGCUGUUGGAUGUCCUAAUGGCCGCAGACAAGUUUGAGGUGGCUUCAUGCAUGCGAUACUGCUGCAGGCUUCUAAGGAACUUGCCCAUGACUCCAGAAUCUGCGUUACUCUAUUUAGAGCUUCCAUCCAGUGUUCGGAUGGCUGAUGCUGUCCAGCCUUUGACUGAUGCAGCCAAGCAAUACCUUGCCACACGCUAUAAGGACAUUGCCAAGUACCAAGAUGAAGUACUAAACUUGCCACUGGCCGGAAUUGAGGUAGUGCUGAGCAGCGACGAUCUCCAAGUGGCUUCCGAAGACGCUGUCUACGAGUUUGUGCUGAAGUGGGCUCGGGCCCAGUACCCAGAUCAAGAAGAGCGGCGUGGCAUUUUAGGUACACGCCUCGUGCGCCUCAUCCGGUUCCGCUACAUGACCUGUCGGAAGCUGAAGAAAGUUCUCUCGUGCAACGAAUUCGACAAGGAGCUUGCCGGCAAGGCUGUCCUUGAUGCCCUCUUUUUUAAAGCCGAGAUCCCGCAUCGGCAGCGCUCCCUUGUGUCCGAGGAGUCUGGCAACAGGCGUUUGGUCGAGCGCGAGCGGGCAUACAAGUAUCGGCCCGUGAAGGUUGUGGAGUUCGAGCAACCCCACAAACAGUGCAUAGUCUACCUCGACCUCAAGAGAGAGGAGUGCGCGAAUCUCUUUCCAUCAUGCCGUCUUUACUCACAAGCAUUCCACCUUGGUGGCCAGGGUUUCUUCCUUUCAGCCCACUGCAACAUGGACCAACAUAGCUCAUUCCAUUGCUUUGGGCUCUUCUUGGGAAUGCAGGAGAAGGGCUCUGUCAGCUUUGCGGUGGACUAUGAGUUUGCAGCAAGGACGAAGCCCACUGGCGACUUUGUGAGCAAGUACAAGGGGAACUACACAUUCACAGGUGGGAAGGCAGUUGGGUACCGGAACCUGUUUGCCACCCCUUGGACAUCGUUCAUGGCUGAUGAGAGCAUCUACUUCAUCAAUGGCUUGCUUCACCUCAGGGCUGAGCUCACUAUACGGAAGCAUGUAUGCUAACUCAGGUGCGGAGUUAAAACAGGUUUUCUCUAACGAGUAAUGCUACUUCGAUUUGCCUUGGGGCGAUUCACCCCUGUUAUUCCAACACAUGUCCCCUCCCUGUGCCAACUGGAUGGAGCUAGUAUGUGCAACCCUUUUGCCAAAAUGAUGUUUGUCAGAUGCGUCCUGUCUAUUGCUACUGUGAUAGGCCCACACCUAUCCAAACCAGCCUAAAAAAAGAACAGAAAGUGAAGCUCUUCCUUCCAAUCCAAGCCAGCUAAAAUUGUGUGGGGUCCACCGUGAUGUGUCUAACAUCUACUCUGUCCAUCACUUGAGCCAGGUCAUGGCAGGCCAUGAGCCCAAAAAUCAGGCCAAUCCAAACUCAAGCGGGCUACACACAGUGAACAGUGUGAUGAUGUGACGCAGGCCAUUGAAACAUUGUUGGAGCCUACUGAAGUUCUAGAUCUAGGAUGUAGUCUCCUUAUGAAUGGGUUGGAUGUCAUGUAAACUUCAGGCGCUACAAAAGUUCUUAAGGUGGUUGUCCCUUUUCCCAUUAUUCUGCAUUGUGUGUGGCCCACUUGAGCUUUCUGUCAACAUGAUUUCAUAAUGUCUUAACAUGAGCUGGAGUAAUUGAUGUACAGGAGUGCAUUUCAUAUACACAUCUGAGUGAGCCGCACAGCUUGUCGUUGCAUGCACUUACUUUUCGGAGGGGACGCGUGUUGUCAAUAUAUUGGUGAAUGGCUCCUGAGCAAAUAGGCAUGGCAUUACUCUUCUCCAACUGACAUUUUGAAGAAAAUGUAAAUUCAGCAAGGAUGUGCUUAUUAGCAAGUAAUGGGAGAAAAAUUAUGGCACAUUAGAACCCUUUUUUGAAUUAUUUGUAGGCUAAUCCAUCACUACUGUCAUUCUCCA